AUGCCACCAGAGAGUCAAGAUUCGCAGCAUACUGGCUAUGGCCAAAAUGGUUGGAUAGGUAUUCCCAACAACAUGCCAAAUGGCAUUCCAAAUGGUUAUUCCACCAGCCCUCAAACGACGAUCUCGCCAAUGCAGGAAUUCCCGCAAUUUGAGUACCACCACCAACACCAACAUAACACGCCGAUGCCUAUGGAGCCGGCUUACCCUAUACAACGACCUUCGCCAUUUGCAUCCUCGCAUGCACCAAUGCCACCGCCCCUCGUUAUGCCGAACAACGUUUUGUGGCCAAGUAUGCUGGCCAGUCAACCCCAGGGAUCCUACCAGCCGUCAAUUUUGCCUGCUGCACCAAUGCAGACUCCAUUGUCUGCAGGGUCAACAUCUGAUAUGACACCGACCAGUGCCAAGACGAACACGUCUCGUCGCAAGUUGACGGAUGAGGAACGUCGUCAGAUGUGCAUUGAGGCCGAGCAGAACCCGACCAUGAAGCAGACUCAGAUUGGAGCAAAGUUCAACGUGGAGAGGAGCACGGUGUCGAAGAUACUGCGACAGCGGGACAAGUACAUGAAUCCGCAGUCCAAAGAGGAGAGUGUUAGCCCCAUUAAAAAGAACAAGGCCAAAUUACCGGACUUUGAGAAGACCCUGACCAACUGGGUCAAAAACCAGCAGAAGAAGGGCCUCCCCAUCACGGAUGAGGAUCUUCGAAAACAGGCGCAGGUCUUCUCAUUCAGCAGAAGUGACCAAGCGGUGGUCUCUAGUGCCGACUGGCUGGAGAAGUUCAAACGCAAGAAUCGGCUCAACGCGCCCAAGGCCGAUCCAGAUUCGACCUUUGUGGAUUCCAGCUCGACUUCACUGUCACACACGCCUCAUGACGGCUCACCCGCGUCGUCCAGUGGUCUUGUAUCUCCUCCGAUGUCAGCAAUCGAGGAGCAGAUCGAAGAACCCUCGGUCAAGAUCGAGACCAACAACGAGUUCUUCGACUUUGGGGAUGGAAAAUCAACGUAUACACCUCAACCCAGGCUUGAUCGUGAGGCGACAUCAGAGUCCGUCAUUUCCCCAAUGUCCGUGGAAAUGGCACGCAGUGACCAAGACGGAAUUGACAUGCUCGAAGAGGCGGAUGAUACAAUGGGGCUAUCUAACCGUCAGAGAAGCCAGACAUACUCUCACGCACCGACUUCAGGCACAGCCUCACGCCCAUCCUCAUCAGGUCACAACCGACCCUCACUGCCUGUACGCUCUCUGACAGCAACCACAGUAACAGUGACGACAGCAGAGGAACGAGCUACCGCCAUCGACCCUCGGCAGAUGAUGAAACGUCACAAGAGCGUGCCCGACAUCCACUACCCUGAACAGGUGCGCUUUUCAGCCAUGCAUCCUCCACCAUUGCCACGAUCCGCCGAUGCUUCACCCAUAAGCAAUCCAGUCACACCAGCGGAAGAGGAUAUCAUUCGAGCGUUGCACGCCACCAAAACAUUGCUGGAACAGAACCCAGCUGUAGCAGAGCCGGACGAUUACCUGGCGAUUGGCAAACUGAUACAGAAGAUCAAAGCCCUCCGACCAACAGCACCGAUACUGCCAGGAGGGAUGCACCCAAUUGAUAUCAUGGAUAGUCCUCGCAUCUCCAAAAAGAGGACCAUUCUCGGCAUCUCGACCUAA